AUGAAUAUUAAUCCGUCAAUAUUAUCUCCUACAAUGAAACAUUCAUUAUGUAAUAAUUUUUAUUCAUCAUUUAUAACAAAUAAAUCAGAUCUAACUACAAUGAUAAUGAUGUCGAAUAAAAAAAAGCAGACAAAUUCAACAACAGCAACAGCCACAACAACGACAGGUCAAAAAGAUAACUUAUCAAUGACCAUAGAACAUGUGCCAAUAUUAAAUCAUAAUCAAACUACUAAUACUACUACUGAUACUACUAAUAUUUUAUCUAUUAGUAAUAUAACAGAAAAUCAAUUAAAUUUAUAUAAAAAAGAAUAUUAUCGUGAACAUCAACGUCGUAAACGUACUUCAUUACAAUAUCGUUAUGCACAUGCAGCACGUGAACGUCAACGUGUAGCAGAAUUUAAUAAAAUAUAUAAAAAAUUAUAUAAUUUAUUACCAAUUAAUCAUUUAACUAAUAGACGCUUAUCAAAAUUACAAAUACUUAAAUUAUGCACAUCUUAUAUUUAUUAUUUAACUUGUCUAUUACAUAAUAAUAAUAAUUGUAAUUGUAUUACAUUAAAAGUUUAA